UAAACAGGUCCUUUGUGCGAGCUUCCAUGUAUGCUUCUCCGACCGACCCUUCUGGAUUUGGCUGGAAAAGUCUUUGCUUUUCCUUCUCCUUCUCCUUCAAGAUCGCGAAUUCUUUCCCGGGUCUCAUUCUUUUCUCACCUGGGAAAAUCCCAAUUCUCUUCUUCUUCUGGCGAUCCAACCAGUCCCACACGCAUGACGAUCGGGACGUCGACGCCUGUUGUUGUGGAAGAUCACCUCCUGGUGAGGGGUCGGUCGGUGUUGACCGGAGUUCCGGCGAAUGUCACCAUUUAUCCGGCGAGUUCUGGCUCUGCUUUUCUUGGCGCGACGGCGAAGGAGCCGAGCUCGCGCCAUGUUUUCACUCUCGGAAUUCUCGAUGGGGGAUACCGGUCCUUGGCCCUCUUCAGGUUCAAGAUUUGGUGGAUGAUACCUCGUUGGGUAAGAUGCGGUGGCGAAAUCCCAAUGGAGACUCAGAUGCUUCUUUUAGAAGCGAGGGAUGAUUCUAUUCCCGAUAACGGGGUUUCAUCCGGUUCGAGUAAUGAUGACACAUUCUAUGUUCUGUUGCUACCGGUCCUAGAGGGGACUUUCAGGGCAUCUUUGCAAGGAACUCCAAGAAAUGAGCUUCAGUUUUGCAUUGAGAGUGGAGAUGCUAAUAUUCAGACAUCUGUGUCCCUUGAAGCCGUGUUUGUCCACUCGGGAGAUAAUCCAUUUCAGCUCAUCAAGGAUUCUGUCAAGAUAUUGGAGAAGCAUAAGGGAACCUUUAGUCACGUUGAUAACAAGAAGCUUCCAUCGCAUUUGGACUGGUUUGGUUGGUGCACAUGGGAUGCUUUCUAUAAAGAGGUCAAUCCCAAAGGAAUUAGGGAAGGCCUCGAAAGUUUUGCUCAAGGAGGUUGUUCCCCAAAAUUCUUAAUCAUUGACGACGGAUGGCAAGAUACAGUGAAUGACUUCCAAAAGGAAGGUGAACCUUUAAUUCCCGGAACAGAAUUUGCUUCGAGGCUUGUAGAUAUCAAAGAAAACAGUAACUUUAAGAGUCCCAGUUCCACUGACAGUAGGGCUGAUCUCGGCGAGCUUGUGCACAGCAUUAAAGACAAAUAUGGAGUGAAGUUUGUUUACAUGUGGCAUGCUCUGGCCGGAUACUGGGGAGGGGUCCAUCCAUCAUCCGAGAAUAUGAAAAAAUAUGAUCCGAAACUCGCUUACCCAAUUCAGUCUCCUGGUAAUGUAGGAAACCUUAGAGACAUUGCAAUGGACAGCUUGGAGAAAUAUGGAGUAGGGAUUGUUGACCCGAACAAAGUAUACGACUUCUACAAUGAUCUUCAUAGCUAUUUGGCAAGCAUCGGAGUGGAUGGAGUUAAAGUAGAUGUUCAGAAUGUUUUGGAAACCUUGGGUACCGGUUAUGGGGGACGGGUUUCGUUGACAAGGAAAUAUCAAGAAGCACUCGAGCAAUCUGUGGGGAGGAACUUCAAUGCAAAUAACCUUAUUUGCUGCAUGAGUCACAAUUCAGACUCCAUUUUUAGUUCAAAGAAGAGUGCAGUGGCAAGAGCAUCAGAAGAUUUCAUGCCAAGAGAGCCAAAACUGCAGACUUUACACAUAGCUUCAGUUUCUUUCAACAGUCUUCUCCUCGGGGAAAUCGUUGUCUCUGAUUGGGACAUGUUCCAUAGUAAGCAUGAAACUGCCAAGUUCCAUGGCGCCGCAAGGGCUGUGGGCGGUUGCGCUGUUUACGUGAGUGACAAGCCGGGAAAUCAAGAUUUUGAAAUCCUGAAAAAGCUUGUCUUACCUGAUGGUUCAAUCUUAAGAGCCAGGCAUUCUGGUCGUCCAACACGGGAUUGCCUUUUCACCGACCCUGUAAUGGAUGGAAGAAGUUUCCUCAAGAUAUGGAACUUGAACAAUGCCACUGGAAUCCUCGGAGUUUUUAACUGCCAAGGAGCGGGGUCAUGGCCGCUGAAGCAAACAGAUGAAAAUGCCACCGGGCCUUGUGAGAGUGUACUGCUUUCCGGAUAUGUAAGACCUGAUGACAUAGAGUUUCUUGAAGAAAUCGCCGGAGAAAACUGGAACGGGAAUUCGAUCAUAUACACGUUCUUUUCAGGAUCCUUAUCGAUCUUGCCUAGGGAUGGAAACCUCAAGGUCUCAUUGACUACCCUUGGCUGCGAGAUUUUCACCGUUUCACCCAUCAGAGUUUUUGGCCCGGAUUUCCACUUCGCCCUGAUAGGAUUGCUCGACAUGUACAACUCGGGCGGUGCAGUGGAUGGAUUAGACGCCUCGAUGGAAAGUUCAGGGAGCAAAGUGAGAGUGAAAGCACGCGGGUGCGGCCGCUUUGGAGUCUACUCCAACAAAAGGCCGAAACUUUGCAUGUUGGAAAGGAAGGAAAUCGAGUUUUCAUAUGAUUCAGACAGCGGGUUAGUUAAGCUGGAACUCGAACAAGACUGCGGUCUCAAAACGAUCGAGUUCGUGUACUAAACUGGAACGAGUUUGAUUCAGAUUGGAGGAAAGGGGUUGUGAUUGUGUUCUUGAAUCGUUCAGGAGUGCGAAUUCCUUCUUCUGAACGAUUCAUUGCAGCAACUUCCAUUGAUUUUGGAUUUUGGAAGCAGUGAACAAUAAAGGAGGGAUUAUGAGACAGACAAAAAGGGAAGUGAUUUUCCGAGUGUGUAUUGUAAUUCGGUGUAAUUCACUUGCCAUUGCAAUUUCUCCAAGCAGAGUGACAGUUCCUGUCAAA